AUGACACUGAUUUAUAAUUACUCAGAAGCUCAGUUCUACAGAAGGACACGAGGAAGUCUCCAGACAGCAACAUGGCAAAACUUCUUAUAGCUCUAGGAAUUCUAUGCAUUCUACACAUUGGUUCAGCCAAUAAGCUGGUGUGCCAUAUGACCAACUGGGCCCAGUACAGACGAAAUACUGGGAAAUUCACACCAGAUAACAUUGAUCCCUUUCUGUGCACCCAUGUCAUUUAUGCAAGGGCCAGCAUUAACAGCUUCAACCAGAUCAGUCCCACUGAGUGGAAUGAUGAGGAGCUGUACACCAGCCUCAACAGCCUCAAAAAUAUCAACCCUGCACUGAAGAGUCUGCUGUCUAUUGGAGGAACAGUCUAUGGAGUGAGCCCAUUCAUUCCUAUGGUUGCCAGUUCUGAGAAUCGUGCUCUCUUUAUCAAGUCUGCCAUCAAUUUCCUGCACGCCCAUAACUUUGACGGGUUAAACUUGGACUGGGAAUAUCCUGGACACAAUGGUAGCCCACAAGGGGACAAGGAGAAGUUCACUCUAUUGAUCACGGAGCUUGUAAAAGCAUUCGAGGCUGAUGCCAAAGAAAACAAGAGAACUCAGCUGCUGCUAUCGGCCAAUGUUGCUGCAAUUCGUCAGACUGUUGAUAGAGCAUAUGAGGUCGCCAAGAUUGCACCACACUUUGACUUUAUCAACAUCAUGACCUAUGACUACCAUGGUCACUGGGAUCCAGUAACUGGACACAACAGCCCACUGUAUGCGAACUCUGUGGACUCACAAAUUCAUUGCAAUAUAAACUUCUCUGUAGCCUACUGGUUAUCUCUGGGAGCACCACCUGAAAAGCUGCUGCUAGGCUUCCCUACUUAUGGAAGAACGUACCUUCUUAGCACUGGGGCAAAUGGCCUGGGAGCACCAGCCAAUGGCCCUGCAGAUGCUGGACCCUACACUCGCACUGAAGGUUUAUGGGCCUUCUAUGAGAUCUGUGAUUUCAUUAAUACUGCUACUGUUGGAUGGAUCUCUGAGCAAGAGGUUCCCUAUGCCACCUAUGGCAAUUUCUGGUUGGGCUAUGAUGACCAGCGCAGCUAUUCUUCCAAGGUCCAGUGGAUGACUGCCCAGCAUUUAGGAGGUGCUCAUGUGUGGACUCUUGAUAUGGAUGAUUUCACUGGAUCUUUCUGCUCAGCUGGAGCUUAUCCUCUUAUCAACCACCUUAAGAUGUCAAUGGGUAUUGGCCCAAAACCUACCAAGACUCCACCCCCUACCACAACUAGAGACCCUCCUGGUGACUUCUGCCAUGGCCGUCCUGAUGGGCUGUAUGAGAACCCAGCUGAAAAAAACACCUAUUUCCAGUGCUUCCAGGGAAACACCUACCUUCACCACUGCCAGUCUGGACUCAUCUACUGGGACUCCUGCAAGUGCUGUAACUGGCCCUAAGUCACAGAAGCAUGAACUAAAGAACACAAGUUCAUGAAUAUAGAACAUAGUCAGUUUUGUUUCAGUAAAAUCUUGUCACAACUUACACUGAUAAACAAUAUUGUCCUAAGUUACAACAGAAACAAAAAGUAAAAUAUUACUCUUUGCAUUUGACGCACUGCUUUCUGAACAAAACAAACAAACAAAAAAACA